AUGAGGUCGGACAUUCCACCGGGUUUCACCUCUCAAGUGGUCCCAGGACACAUAGGGCAACAGCCAGACAAUGUUGCAGACUACACUGAGCACCUCACUUCUGGCCACACCAAGGACAUCGACGUGAUCCCAGGGAACAUGCGCAUGCCUCACAUGGAAGUACUAGGCCUCCUGUACAGCCCCAUAGACUGCCUGAUGUACAUGCUUUGGCUCUACAAUACCAACGGUUGUUCGACAAGGAACUUCGGUGCAACCUAUUUGAUCCAUAUCUGGAUCAACACGCAUCAGUUGUUCCACAUGCUCUAUCGCAAGGUGCUUGUACCCUUCAACCGGGGCUAUUCGUCGCAGAUACUACAGCUGGACAAAAGCGCAGCGCUGAAGCUCACACUGGCGGAAAAGGCGUCGAUUAGGGUGAACAAGAUUAUGGGAGACAUUUGGAGUCUUCAUGCCAUGUACAGCAUCCGCAAUGGGUUCAUCACAGUUCAACACGUCGUUCUGCAUCUGGAGACAUUGUUGGAGUGUGAUGUCGGUGACCUUCGACACGGAGCCGCAGCAAUGGCAUUCAAUUUGCUGACGUUCGGUGACCUGAUGAACAUCCCAGACCGCUUGCGACAACGGGUGCAGAAUUACAUUCUGCAGCACAAGAUCAUCUUGAAUGGCUGCAUUGAUCACCCUGCGCCUGGAACACCGGAGUACGUGUACUGCCGGGUGCCAGGAAAGCACUUGUCCUUCCGAACGCAGACGAGGCUCCGCAGCCUGGACCCGGUGUGGAAUGAGUCUCAGGACCUGGAAGGAUUGGAGCUGGGCGACACCAUGCAUUUCAAGGUUAUGAGCCAGGAGGACAAGAAGGAAGACGAGUUCCUGGGUGAAGCCAAGUUGGUGGUGAGCCCAGGGGGCUUCAACGGCGGCUUGGUGAUUAUGCUCCGGGGUCGGAAAGCGGGCAGCUUACGACUGGAAGUCGUCAUACCGCCCGUGUUUCAGGACACCUCCACCAGCAAGAAGCAGCCGAUGACUUUUGAUAGUCAGAACCCUCGCGAGGUGGUGCAGACCAUCACCUGGGGCACCACCGAAGAGGCCGCCCAUGCGGUCGCCUCUUUGGAGUCGCUGCUGACUUCUGAAGGUGUGCGCUCGCGCUUUGUGGCUGCCGGCAUUGUGCAGCCUCUGGUUGCAUUGCUCGUCGAUGGCGUGAUGGACACCCGCUGCAAGGCGGCCGCCGCCCUUCGGAACCUUGGCCAGUGCUCCGUGGGGAAACGCAUUUUGGUCACCUCAGGCGGCGUUCCUGCUCUCAUGCAGCUUUUCUUUGAGGGCACGGCCCAGUGCAAAGAGGAGUCGAUGGCAGCUUUGCUAAACAUCGCUGCUGCAGACAAGGUUCGAGAGGAGCUGGUAUCUGGAGGCAUGGUUCCCUGGUUGCUGGCAAUGUUGCAGAGCACAGUGCCGAGCAGCCUAGCCCAUGCAGUGCGCCUUUUGGGCUGCCUCUCCACAGACCAGGAUGUGGCAGACAACUUCAUGAGCGCUUCCCUGCCACGAUUGCGGCAGCUGCUGCAAGACACUCACCAGGAUGUUCGGCUUCAGACCGCCUUUGCCCUCUCUCGCAUAGCAUGCGCGGAUGAUCGUCGUCAAGUGCUGGUGGAAGCCAACAUGGCAUCGCCGCUCAGCCGUUUACUGGAGGAUGACAGCUACGACUGCAAGGCCGAAGCCGCUGGGGCGAUGGCGGAGUUGCUCAGCGCCACUGACAAGCGCAUAUUCAAGAAGAUUGCUGCUCACUGUCUGGAUUUGGAUAUUCUUCAUCCACUUCUUGAGCUUCUGUCUUCACACCAUGAUGCUUGUGCUGCGCAUGCCACCCGCGCCUUAUGCGUGUUGGCUUCGACGCAGAAGACGGGGACAGAGAUGCUGUCGCGAGGAGCCCUGAAGCCGCUGGUGGGCCUGCUGCGGGGCCACCCGGCGCUGGCGCGCACCCUGCGUGUGGCCAAGGUCUUGCAGGCACUUGCAGAUUUCAAUCGCAGCAGCAUGGACAUGGCGCUUUCUUCGGAUAGCGGCUAUGAGCUGAUGAUGAGUGCCUUGCGGCUGCUGCACGAGCACCGCGGCAAGGGCCUGACCACCCCGCGCCUGCCCGCACUCGGAAGCUACGAGAUGCGCAGUCCCGCGGCCAUGGUUUGUGGCUUGGCCAGUUUCACGGAGCUGCGGCAGCUUGCCCUGGCUUUGCUGCUGCCUGCGCUGGUGUUCGUCUACUAUGAGCCGCUUAUUGACUUGGUGAGGCAGCUCUUCCGCUGCGAUGGCCGAGCACCCCGGGCGAGCGCCUUGCGCUCAGGCCGCCACCUCAAGGUGGCCAUCCUUGGUGCCGGCAUGGGGGGCAGCGCACUGGCCCUGUGGCUGCGCGACAUUUUCGGAGACCAGGUCGACAUCGCCGUGAUCAGCAACGGGCCCGUGGGCGGACGAUGUCAGACUUUGGAGUUUGAGGGCUGCCACUAUGAGGCUGGCGCGUCCAUCAUUUCUGAAGUGAACAUCCUUUUCAAGGCCUUGAUGGCUCGCUUCUCUCUGAAGAAGAUGGAGCUGUCCUGCAAUCGGCCACUGGCUGUGUACAAUGGCACGCGCUUCCUCUUCAGCACUGCCAGCAACGCUGCGACAAAUGGCUGGAGAUGGGCAGCUGAAAUCCUGACCACCUGGAAACUCUCGUGGCGUUUCGGCUUCCUCUCGCUCCUGAGACUGAAGCGCUUGUCUAAAUGCUCCUGCGCGCCGAACUUCACUCGGCUCUACGCCGCCCUGCGAGACGGUGCCACCUACGUCCAUCCCCGGGAGCUGCUGAGCACACUGGGCCACGGGUGCUUGUGCCUCACGGAGAGGAAAGCAGACCAGUGGCUGGUGCGGGAGAUGGGCCUGCCUGGUGCUGUGGUGCGAGAGCUUGCAGAGCCUGGCAUGCGGUGCAACUACGGGGGCCAAAGCUGUGGAGCGCUCCAUGCACUGGUUGGCCUGGUCAGCAUCGUCGGUGGCAUCAGUAGCAAGUGCUUUGCCGUCGUGGGCGGAAACUCUCAGGUGGCAGAGAGCUGCCUGGCCCAGGCCAAGCCCCGGAUGAUCCGCGGCCUCGCCCGGGUGGUCCGCCGCGCCAACGCCGGCACUCUGUACGAGCCGGGCUACGAAAUCGGGUACCAUGUCAUGCCAGAGGAUGCUGAUAGAGUUUGCUCCGCUGCGGCAGCGAGCCGCGGCGGUCGGGUGCCCGACACCGAUGGCCUUUUCAUGGAGGCCUUCCACGUUGUGGUGGUGGCGCACCCCUUGGAGCAUUCCAGACUCAUCUUCGAGGACUGCUGCCAAGGAGUGCAGGCCAACGCCACGCCUGAAUUUAGGAGAUGCACGGCCCAUUUUCUCCGCGGCACGCUGAACCUGAGACACUUUGCAGAGGCGCCGAUUCGGCAGGCCAGUCCCAGCGAGCUUCGGUCCGCCAGCGGGGCAUACGAGGACGACCCGCAGCAGUCCAUGCCUUUGUUUGCCCCCGCGCAGAUCCUCACCACGAACGACGCAACGACACCAUUUUAUUCCAUAGGUCUACAGCUGCCAGUGGACACCAGCUCAAUGGAAAAGGCAGAGGAGAUUGUGGCAAGCGCAGAGAAUGGAGAACCACAGGUCUACAAAGUCUUCGCGCCUCAUCCACUGCCAGAAGCAGAGCUGGACAAAUGGUUUAACAGGUCCGAAGGCUCCUCAAUACACGUGGUGGAUUGGUACGCUUAUCCUCAGUACGAAGUACCACAGAGCUUUCGGCCUUUCGUGUUGGAUCAAGGAGUCUACUACAUAAAUGCGGUCGAGCAGGUGGCAUCCGCAAUGGAGAUGUCGUUAGUCGGAGCGCGGAAUGUGGCCAACCUGAUUGCAGAAUGGGUCACACAGAGGCGAGGCCCCCGUGGCUUUUGA